CAAACUUUCAGAUUCUGAGAAACAGAAACGAUGUUACUGGCAGAUAGAAAUACAAGUGAGACCACGUUUACCCUCUUGGGCUUCUCAGAUUACCCAGAACUGCAAGUCCCACUCUUCCUGGUUUUUCUGGCCAUCUACAGUGUGACUGUGGGAGGGAAUAUUGGGUUGAUUGUAAUCAUCAAAAUCAACCCCAAACUGCACACCCCCAUGUACUUUUUCCUCAGCCACCUCUCCUUUGUGGAUUUCUGCUAUUCCUCCAUCAUUGCUCCCAAGAUGUUGGUGAGCCUCGUUGUCAAAGACAGAACCAUUUCAUUUUUAGGAUGUGUAGUACAAUUCUUUUUCUUCUGCACCUUUGUGGUCACUGAAUCGUUUUUAUUAGCUGUGAUGGCCUAUGACCGCUUCAUGGCCAUUUGCAAUCCUCUGGUCUACACAGUUACCAUGUCCCAGAAACUCUGCAUGGUGCUGGUUGUGGGAUCCUACGCCUGGGGAAUCACAUGUUCUGUGAUACUGACGUGCUCUGCUUUAAAGUUAUCUUUUCAUGGUUUCAACACAAUCAAUCACUUCUUCUGUGAAUUAUCUUCCCUGAUAUCACUCUCUUGCUCUAAUACUUCCCUCAACCAGUGGCUGCUUUUCUUUUUUGCCACCUUUAAUGAAGUCAGCACACUACUCAUCAUUCUCACAUCUUAUGUGUUCAUCGUUGUAACCGUCCUCAAGAUGCGUUACAGUGGGCGCCGCAAAGCCUUCUCCACCUGUGCCUCCCACCUGACUGCGAUCACUAUCUUCCAUGGCACCAUCCUCUUCCUCUACUGUGUGCCCAACUCCAAAAACUCCAGGCACACAGUCAAAGUGGCCUCUGUAUUUUACACAGAGGUGAUCCCUAUGUUGAAUCCCCUGAUCUACAGUUUGAGAAAUAAAGAUGUCAAGGAUACAGUCACCAAGAUACUGGACACCAAAGUCUUCUCUUGUUGAACCUGUUACUUUAGUGGAGUUUGUCACAUAUAUAAAUAGUGUGUUCAUAUAUAUUGAUCUCAAAUCUAUCCUUAUAAGUACAUAGAGUUAUGAAUGAAAUGGAUUUUGUUUUCAACAGACUAAACUUAACUCUGCCUCUUACCUUCUGAGAAACAACAGUAAUCUCUCUAAUCAUUGCUAUUUCAUUUAUGAAAUUAGUAUAAAUGGGCUAGAUCAUAGUUUGAUUAUGAAUGUUAAAAUAUAAUGGCCACCUUGUGUAAGUCAAUGAACAUUAUUAAUUCUAUAUCCCUUUCUUAUAAAAUACCAGGAAUAGACUAAGUGCUUGAUAAACAUAUGAAUUUCUUUUAUAAAUGUGCAAAAUAAGAAGAGAUAGUCCUCGUCCUCAAGGAUGCAAAACUGUGUUGAUAAUAGGACAAUGAAGAAGUGGCUAUUGUAUAAGGCAAAAAAUGACAAGUACCAAAGAGAGUUUGAGAGACGAGAAAGCUCAAAUCCAUUUAGGAACUUUAGAAGGAGGUCUUAAUGAACUAGGUAUUGUUUGAAACUGGCUUUUGAAAAGGAUAUGGGCAGAGUUUAGGAGACACAUUUCGGCGAGAAAAGAGUUUUAUUCAGGAGAAAACAAUGUGAGUGAAACUAAGGAGAUAAGAAUGUAAUACACAGUCAAAGAGUCAAAGAUCUAGUAGGUAUUUUAUUGAGCUAACAUAAUAGAAUGUGUGUGUGUGCUGUAUUAUGUAUACAGGUACUUGACAUGAAUGGCAAUUUUAGUACAGUAUGGGCUAUAUCCUGACUGUGUUUUUAAAGAAGCUCUAGUGAGAUAGUCUGAUAAACUAAAAUAGACUCUUCCAGAAGCUGAGAAAUAAUUAGAAAAUCUUAUGUACCACACUAGGGAUGACAGACACCUGCCCAACCUGUAUGUCACACUGUUAGACAUCACAAACAGUAUCAAUCCAUUAUGACUUUUUUUUUUCCUUUAUGAUAAGCAUGGAAAUAAUCUCUGAAUCAUUCUCAACAGAAUUCCCAACCACCUUUAUAAAAAGGUUGUUGGAGUAGUCUUUAGUGUUGAAAGCUAAUUGGCUACAUAACUUAAUCAAAAUAAGAUAAAAAUCAGGUAAUUAUUAAUAUCAAGACCUAUUUAGCAUAGCAAAUUAAAAAUGCUAUCUUUUUCUUACCUUAAUAAUUCAUUUUCAUUUGAAUAAUUUGUAUACCCUACUCCUUUUCAAUGUGUCGAGAUACAAUCCCAAAUAAAUCAGCAAUUUGGUGAAAGAAUUAAAUUUUUAGGUGUUUUGUUAUGAAAAAAAAUAAUAUCAGGAAAAAUUUUAUGUAAACUUCUUAACCUUAUUUAAAAUGUUCAUAUUAUUUUUGCCUUAUGGUGAUUAUUAAAGUUAUGAUAAUAUAGUGAUUCAUUUUAUAUUUAUUAUUUGAUAAAAAAUCAACUAAAUAAUCCUUGUAUAUGGAAACAUUUUUUAAAUGUAAGGAACAGUGUUUUAGAUAAUGAAUGCCUGAGGAGGGAACACUUUUUCUCUUGAUAUCUGUAUCUUGAGGUAUUAAAAAAUUUAUUCUUCAUA